CUGCUUAACAGAUAAAUCAGACCGCCAAGCUUUGCCAGCAAGCAACACCAGUCAAGUCACUGUCCGAUACAGCUGUCAUUUCAAAAAGCACGUUCACCUUCGACUGGUGGCCGCCUGGCUGCUUAUGCAAAUAAGACUAAGGAAACGUGGGCAUGGAGUACCCACGCCUUCUGAAAUACCCGAUCAAUAGUGAAUAUUAAAACGAGCUGGCGUAAUAAACUCGCACUAUUAUAAACCGCCAGGUCAAUGGAAAUUUCUACUCAUUCGAGUAGUGUAGUUACUCUAGAACUACUGGAAAAAGAUAAAAACUCUUUUUUUUCCGUCUUUAUUUUACAUAUAUUUUUUUAAUUGUUUAUGUUUCUCUAGUCAGUACUGUUUGUUAUAAUGGCAUCAGUAUUUGAAUGAUUCGAAAAGGGAAGAGGAGAGUUGGCAACUAAGGUUUUAGACAUGCCAGAAAAUGUUUCCCUCCUCAGGAACCGCUCAGAACUGGGGCACAGUCGAGCGUUGGGAGGGAACCCUCGUCCUGCCUGGGCGGUCACGGUGCUAGCCAGCGUGCUGAUAUUCACAACAGUGGUGGAUGUCUUGGGGAAUUUUCUGGUGAUUAUUUCCGUUCUCAGAAAUCGGAAACUUCGAAACGCAGGUAAUGUGUUUGUGGUGAGCCUGGCCUUCGCUGACCUUGUGGUGGCAUUUUACCCUUAUCCUCUUGUGCUGUUUGCCAUUUUCCAUGAUGGAUGGUCCCUAGGGGAUACUCACUGCAAAGUGAGUGGUUUCUUCAUGGGCUUGAGUGUGAUAGGGUCUAUCUUCAACAUCACUGGAAUAGCAAUAAACCGGUACUGCUACAUUUGCCAUAGCUUCACUUACGACAAACUCUACAGCUACAAAAACACCCUGCUGUUUGUGUUACUGAUAUGGCUGCUGACCGUCGUCGCAAUCGUGCCAAAUUUUUUCGUUGGGUCACUACAGUAUGACCCCCGUAUCUACUCUUGCACUUUUGCCCAGACAGUCAGCUCCUCUUACACGAUAACUGUGGUGGUGAUCCAUUUCAUUGUCCCCAUUAUGGUGGUGACAUUCUGCUACCUGAGAAUAUGGAUCUUGGUGAUUCAAGUCAGAAGGAAGGUAAAGAGUGAAGUCCGGCCCAGACUGAAACCCAGUGACUUAAGGAACUUUCUCACCAUGUUUGUGGUAUUUGUCCUCUUUGCAAUUUGUUGGGCACCCCUGAACUUCAUUGGACUAGCUGUAGCGAUCAACCCCGAAGCCAUUGCCCCAAAAAUACCUGAAUGGCUUUUUGUUGUGAGCUACUUUAUGGCCUACUUUAACAGUUGCCUUAACGCAAUAAUCUAUGGACUGCUCAACCAGAAUUUCAGGAAGGAAUAUAAACGGAUUAUUAUGUCAUUGUGGAUGCCACGGCUCUUCUUUCAAGAGACAUCCAAAGGUGGAACUGAAGGAAUGAAAAGCAAACCUUCACCAGCUUUAAACAACAAUGAACAAAUGAAAGGUGAAAGCUUGUAAUGAUUAUAAGUUUUUCUAUCUAAACUGUGGAGUCCCAGUUGUAUACCCAACGACACUUACAAAAUGUGACACAUAAUGUGAAUUAAAGGAUGUUGUAAGAAAAAAAUGACAUUUUUCUGUGAUUAACUGAUACUGUGUAAAGACUUAAUUUAAAGUUAGGAAACAUUAGUGCCAUUCAUAAAUUGUGUAAUAUAGCUUAUGGGUAAUUUCUUUACAUACACCUCAGGAUGCCUAUAUUUUCUGCUGCUGUAGCAAUAUGCUUUUUAAUUGGAAAUCGAAAGCACCAAAUAUGUUUCUUUUUGAACGUUUAUUUUUUAAAGUAUGUGACAGCUUACUUAUUCUUUUGUUCUUAAUCUUUUUUCCCUUUUAAAAAGUUUGGUAAAUGGGGAUUAUGUAUUCAAAACAUAUUCAAGCUUUUCCUUGGUUCCCCACAAAAACAAUUUCUUCAGGUGCUUCUACUUGUACUGUGAUGUUAAAACAACAGCUUUGUGACCUGUUUGUGACUCAUUUGAAAUAUGUUUAGGUUGUCUCAUUUUGUUUAACUUAAGUUAGGUUUCUUUUUCCAGUAUACAGAAGUAUAGCAUUUUUAAUUACAGAGUACACUACACCUCUUAUGAAACAUUUAAAGCUCAAAUUAUGACAAUAAUUUUGUAUUGUCGUCAGCCUUUAGCCUUAAGUUCAACACAAUCUGUCUCACAUAUCCAAAAAUCUGAUUUACAAAAUGCAACAAAAACAUAAGUGCCCAGUUCUCUUUUCAGUAAUUGCAGCAAAGCUUCAUAUUGCAAGUGUUUAAUUGCUUCAUUUUAAGUUUGUUCAUGUAUCUUUAUACAUAAGAAAAUUAUUUCAAAACAACUGGAAGGUUGCUUUAAAGUUGCUUGCUGGGAUAGGCUGUAGCUCCCCUGCAACCCUGAAUUGGUUAGAAAAUGGACGGAUAAUUGCAAAUGAAAUUUAUAAAUGGUUUAAUAGAGGUUGUAAAAAGCAUUACCAAGUACUUCUGAAUAUAUGUAAAGGUUUCUGAAUGUGUUUUACACCAUUCAGUGCCAGUAUUUUCUACUGUAUGUAGAGUGUAAUAAGCAGUGAUUUGCAACACCCAGGCUAUUGUUAUCCAAGUUGAUUACAAAUGUGCAUGAUCUGCUCCAAGGAAAAAGAUGUAUUUCACAUGGUAUUCUAAAUAAAGAGACAGGGAAGUAAAAAGAAAGUUUAGAUGAUGCUGUCUGCUUUUUGUACAAUGUAUGCAUGUAAAACAGAUGAGGCUUCUAUACUAAGGAGCUUGUUCUAUACUAGCUUAAGGUUUAUGAUUUAGAGUGUAA